AAACGAAAUUCAAAAAAAAGAGAAGCCCUUGAAAAUUAUCACAUGAUCCCAAUUCUCUAGGUCCAAAAAAUUUGAAACCAGAGUUUCAAAAUUCUCUCUAGGGUUUUGAAACAAUGGCGGAGCAGAGGAGCAACAAGUGGAACUGGGAGGUCAGCGGCUUCGAGCCGCGGAAGUGGUCUUCCUCGGCGAACGGUGACAGCGACGACGGCUACCGUCCGCCGGGGAGGAGGUACUCGAUCUCGGCCGCCAACGCGUUGGCUCAGUCCCAGCUUUCGAACCUGUCCGUGGCCGCGAAGCUCCAGAAGCUUCAGGAUAAGGUUAAGCUUGCGAGAGAGGAUUACUUGGAGUUGAGGCAGGAAGCGAGUGAGUUGAGUGAGUAUUCCAAUGCGAAACUCGAGAGAGUGACUCGGUAUCUUGGUGUUCUUGCUGCGAAAACACGGAAGCUAGAUCAGUUUGCGGUGGAGACCGAGGCUAGGAUUUCGCCGUUGAUCAACGAGAAGAGAAGGUUGUUCAAUGACUUAUUGACAGCCAAAGGAAACAUAAGAGUUUAUUGUCGUACGCGACCGUUGUUCGAGGAUGAGGGUCCUUCGGUUGUUGAAUAUCCUGAUGAUUGCAAUAUCCGUGUCACUACUGGUGAUGCUGCCCUGGCCAACCCCAAGAAGGAAUUUGAACUCGACAGAGUUUGUGGACCUCAUGUUGGACAAGCUGAACUCUUCCGUGAUGUUCAGCCAUUGGUGCAAUCUGCAUUGGAUGGAUAUAAUGUUUCCAUAUAUGCUUAUGGGCAGACCAACUCAGGAAAGACACACACUAUGGAAGGGUCUAGCCAUGACCGUGGUUUGUAUGCUCGGUCGUUCGAGGAACUAUUUGAUUUAGCCAACUCUGAUUCAACUUCUACUUCUAGAUUCAAGUUCUCUGUUACAGUUUUUGAGCUCUACAAUGAACAGAUAAGGGACUUACUCUCGGAUCCAGGUGAUGCUUUGCCAAAGAUUCGCAUGGGAUCUCCAGACUUCUUUGUAGAACUUGUCCAGGAAAAAGUUGAUAACCCACUGGACUUCUCUAAAGUAUUGAAAGCUGCAUUUCAGAGAAGAGGAAAUGAUCCCUUGAAGUUCAAUGUUUCUCAUUUGAUCAUCACAAUACAUAUAUACUAUAAUAAUAUGAUCACUGGGGAAAAUACAUACAGCAAGCUAUCUUUGGUUGACUUAGCUGGAAGUGAAGGCUUAAUUGCCGAAGAUGAUAGCAGUGAGCGUGUGACGGACUUGCUGCAUGUCAUGAAAUCUCUUUCAGCAUUGGGUGAUGUUUUGUCAUCUUUGACUUCGAAAAAGGAUGAUAUCCCUUAUGAAAAUUCGAUGCUGACCAAAGUACUUGCAGACUCACUAGGUGGAAGUUCAAAAUCUCUGAUGAUUGUUAAUGUUUGUCCUAAUGCGUUGAAUCUGUCGGAGACAUUGUCAUCUCUCACUUUCGCUUCUAGAGCUCGAAAUGCUGUUCUAAGCCUUGGUAAUCGAGAUACAAUUAAGAAAUGGAGAGAUACAGCUAACGACGCACGAAAGGAGUUAUAUGAAAAAGAAAAAGAAAGUCAAGAUCUGAAACAAGAGGUUUUGGGACUUAAACAUGCGUUAAAGGAUGCCAAUGAUCAGUGUGUAUUACUCUUCAAUGAAGUUCAGAAGGCCUGGAAAGUUUCUUAUACAUUGCAGUCAGAUUUAAAGUCGGAGAAUAUUAUGCUUGCAGAUAAGCAAAAGAUAGAAAGGGAACAAAACGCACAGCUUAGAAACCAAGUUGCCCAACUGUUACAGGAAGAGCAAGACCAAAAGAUACAGAUUGAACAGCGAGAUUCUACGAUUCAAGCGUUGCAGGACAAAGUAAAGAGUUUUGAAUCCAAACUCAAUGAAGCUCUUCAUUCCUGUGAGGGUCGGACAACAUUAGGCUCAGAACUGGGGUCUGCAACUCUGUCAAACUCCACGGCAACUGGGGAUGACAUGGAUUCUCCGCUAGUAACUAAGAAACUGGAAGAGGAGCUUAAGAAACGGGAUGCAUUAAUUGAGAGGUUGCAUGAAGAAAAUGAAAAGUUGUUCGAUAGAUUGACAGAGAAAGUAUCUGUGGCUGCACCACCACAGUUGUCAAGUCCAUUAUCAAAGGGGCAGAUAAAUGUUCAAUCUCGGGACCUUGUCAGGAAUGAUAGUAGGGGGCAGUCAAUGGAUGUUCCUUCAUCACUAGCAGUUACUGCAGAUAAAACUGAUGGUACAGUUGCUCUGGUGAAAUCAGGUCUUGAGAAUGUUAAAACCACCCCUGCAGGAGAAUAUCUUACUUCUGCCUUGAAUGAUUUUGACCCUGAACAACAUGACAGUCUAGCUGCCAUUUCAGAUGGUGCAAACAAACUUUUGAUGCUGGUUCUGGCUGCAGUUAUUAAAGCUGGGGCGUCAAGGGAGCAUGAAAUACUUGCUGAAAUAAGAGAUGCUGUUUUCUCUUUUGUUCGUAAAAUGGAACCACAGAGAGUGAUGGACACCAUGCUUGUAUCCCGUGUUAGAAUUUUGUACAUUAGAUCUUUGCUUGCUAGAUCACCAGAGCUGCAGUCCAUCAAGGUAUCUCCUGUUGAGAAUUUUCUGGAGAAGACUAAUACUGGGCGUAGUAGAAGCUCCAGUCGGGGUAGCAGCCCUGGAAGAUCUCCUGUGAGCUAUGUUGCUGUGCAUGUCCAAGGGUUCAAAGUGAACCUAAGGCCUGAAAAGAAGUCCAAGUUCUCAUCUGUUGUAUCAAAGAUACGCGGACUUGAUCAGGACUCUCCAAGGCAGCAAAUAACUGCAGGGAAGCUAAGGGAAAUAAAUGAGGAGGCAAAAAUGUUUGCAGUUGGAAACAAAGCUCUUGCUGCUCUCUUUGUUCAUACACCUGCUGGUGAGCUGCAGCGCCAACUCAGAUCCUGGCUCGCAGAGCAUUUUGACUUUCUCUCUGUUACUGGAGAUGAUGCAUCCGGAGGUGCAACCGGUCAGUUGGAGCUUCUUUCAACUGCGAUCAUGGAUGGUUGGAUGGCCGGACUUGGUGCUGCAAUUCCUCCAAAUACAGAUGCUCUUGGUCAACUUCUAUCUGAGUAUUCAAAGCGAGUUUAUAGUUCUCAGUUGCAGCACUUGAAGGACAUUGCUGGUACAUUGGCAUCAGAAGGGGCAGAAGAUGCGGCACAAGUUGCGAAAUUGAGAUCAGCUCUUGAGUCUGUUGAUCACAAAAGGAGAAAGAUUUUGCAACAAAUUCGAAGUGAUGCAGCCUUACUGACAUUGGAAGAUGGAAGCCCACCUAUUCAGAAUCCUUCUACCGCUGCUGAAGAUUCACGAUUAGCGUCUCUCAUUUCCCUUGAUGGCAUAGUGAAGCAAGUCAAGGAUAUAAUGCGACAAUCCUCUGUAAGCACCUUGAGCAAGAAUAAAAAGAAACUAUUGCUUGCUUCUCUAGAUGAACUUGCUGAACGUAUGCCAUCCCUUCUGGAGAUUGAUCAUCCAUGUGCACAAAGGCAAAUUGCAGAUGCUCGUCACGAGAUUCAGUCCAUUCCUGAAGAAGAUGACCUUCAUGAACAGUCUCAUGCUCGCAAACCAUCAACAGAUUUGGGAUAUGGUACUGAAACUGAUGUGGCCCAAUGGAAUGUGCUGCAGUUCAAUACAGGUUCAACAACCCCAUUCAUCAUUAAGUGUGGAGCAAACUCAAAUUCAGAAUUAGUUAUUAAAGCAGAUUCCAAGAUUCAAGAACCUAAAGGUGGUGAGAUUGUGAGAGUCGUCCCAAGACCUUCAGUCUUAGAAAACAUGAGCCUUGAGGAGAUGAAACAUGUAUUUUCCCAACUCCCUGAGGCUCUAAGCUUGCUUGCUUUGGCAAGGACUGCAGAUGGAACACGAGCUCGAUAUUCUCGGCUAUAUCGGACAUUGGCCAUGAAAGUUCCCUCACUGAGGGAUUUAGUUGGUGAGCUUGAAAAGGGUGGAGUCCUAAAAGAUGUCAAGUCAUAAAAAGAAGGCUUUGUGAACUUGAUGGUUGAGGUGCGUCGCGUGUAUCAUGUAGCUAUUCAUUUUCAGCAUGCGCAAACGGUUGUAUUUUGUAAAAUCUAUAGUGUGCAGUCUGUUGUAAACUGUGUUACUGCACGGUAUCUACACAUAGCAUGCUUGUAUCAUUGACAUGUUUUUAGCAAUCUCAUGUAAGUUAUUCAUGGCCAGUGGAACUUCUAGCAAUUCUAUUUGCCAUUUAAAGCUGAAAGUGAUCCAUGGUCAGCAUUGUCAUGAUUCCGAACCCAU